UUUCGAUCAUGCGUAGCGAUGGCUGAUGCGAUUCGCGGGGAGGAAGAUCCCAAGCUGCUGGAUUCGAGAGGCGGCCGCCGCGACCACAGCGCCGAUCGCCAGAAGAAGCAGCGGAGGGUGGAUGCAUCCAGCAGCCGUGACGAUGGCGAGGCGACCGAGAGCUCGGAGAGCUACAGCGACGACGACGAGAGGUACGUGAGGAGCAGCAAUAGGUCGUGGAAGAAGAGAUUUGGGCCAGCAAAGAAACGAUUCAUCGAUGCGGAUUAUCAAGAGGUGUUUCGAGCUCCACCGUUUUGUUUCCAAAAGAGAAUAGCUCGGAUCGAUUGGAGGACACUGCAUGCCAUCGAAGUGGAUGGACUCAUCCAAGAAAUCGACAUUGGAAAACUAGAGACUGUUCUUGAUACUAUAGCGUUUGGAGACAUCCAAGGUGAAGAUACUCGUAACUUCACCGAGCAAAACUUCAUCAAGCUUUUUCGUCUUGCUCAAUUGAUGAUCGAGUAUCUUCUUCAUGUCCAAACUGUUCUAGCGGAUCAAAAAUCACAGUUGAUCGGUGCCGUAUCAGGUGCUCGGAGAAAAGGUGAAAAACUGAGGCUGCGAUGUCUCUGGCAACACGACGCUCUAAAGCAGUCCCAGAAGGAUUUGAAGCAUGCCAGAAAGGUGCAUUUGCUCGACAUUACAAUAAUGGUUUAUAUUUAUAUUGCAGACACUAAAAACUUACGAGGGUCUUUUGCGUUCCAAUGGAAAGCAAGCUGCUGUCCAACAGCAGGUUAGCACCGAAAAAGAAAUUAAAA